AUGAAGCUCCGCAGCAAGGCGGCGGCGCUGCUCCUGCUUGCACUGGCCGCGCUGCUGCUAGCGCUGCUGUCCCUGCGCGCGGGACGCGCCGAGCCCCCAGCGCUGCCCGCGCGACCCGCAUCAGCCCCGCAGCGCCAUCUCGCGCCGGACCCCGCACGCGGGCCCGCUCCGGCAGCCCUCCCUAGGGCCGUCCCCGGAGCCCUGAGGCGCCGGCCCCCGCGUCUGCGUCCGAGAACCGGCCGCCGGAGCGCGGCGAGCCUGGAGAAGUUGGCGAGGAGACCUGGGGAACUCAGGAGUUUCCAAAAUGUGCUGCCACCUGAGCUCUGGAUCCACCUGGCUGUGGUGGCCUGUGGCAAUCGGCUGGAAGAGACACUCGUCAUGCUUAAGUCAGCAGUGCUCUUCAGCCACAGGAAGAUUCAAUUUCACAUCUUCACUGAAGAAGCCCUGAAGCCUGAGUUUGAUAAGCAGUUACAACAGUGGCCUGACUCAUAUACAAAGAAGUUUGAGCACAGAAUCUACCCCAUCACAUUUUCUGUUGGAAACCCUCAGGAAUGGAAGAAAUUAUUCAAACCCUGUGCUGCCCAAAGACUGUUUCUUCCGGUGAUUUUAAAGGAUGUGGACUCACUUCUCUAUGUGGAUACUGACGUUCUCUUUUUGAGACCUGUUGAUGAUAUCUGGAAGCUUCUGAGGCACUUUAAUUCCACACAGCUUGCAGCCAUGGCCCCUGAGCAUGAAAUCCCCAAGAUUGGCUGGUACAGUCGCUUUGCUCGUCACCCUUUCUAUGGUACUGCAGGAGUUAAUUCAGGAGUCAUGUUAAUGAAUUUAACACGCAUAAGGAGUACCCAGUUCAAGAACAGUGUGAUUCCAACAGGCCUGGCUUGGGAGGACAUGUUGUACCCUUUGUACCAGAAGUACAAGAAUGCCAUCACGUGGGGUGACCAAGAUUUAUUAAACAUCAUUUUUUAUUUCAACCCAGAGUGUCUCUACGUGUUCCCCUGCCAUUGGAACUACCGUCCUGAUCACUGCAUGUAUGGAAGCAACUGCAAAGAGGCCGAACGUGAAGGUGUGUCUGUUCUGCAUGGGAACCGAGGUGUCUACCAUGAUGAUAAGCAGCCAACUUUUAAAGCAUUGUAUGAAGCAAUACGGGAUUUUCCUUUUCAAGACAAUCUCUUUCAAUCCAUGUAUUACCCUCUUCAGUUGAAGUUUUUGGAGACAGUACACACUUUAUGUGGACGAAUCCCACAGGUUUUUCUGAAGCAAAUUGAGAAAACAAUGAAAAGAGUUUAUGAGAAACACAUCAUCAUUCAUGUCGGCCCCAACAGAAUGCACUGAAUAUUUCAUACUGUCUUCUGUUUUCUUUUUGAAUUGUAAGCAGAUCUUUCAGGCAUCUCAUGACCAAGGAAAUAUUACUCAUUAAGCUGCCUGGAUCUUUUUUGUAUGGAUGUUAAAUGGUGCUCCAUAACUAUUGAGUUGAAAACACUUCGUUAAAUUUUGCUACAUUACUUGCCCCUAAAAGGUAAUAUGCUUUUCUUUAUUUUUUUUAAAUACUAUUUAUCUCU